GCAGAGGAUGAUGUCAUUGCUGGGGUGGAGGCCUUGGCUGCUGACGUCACAGGUCGACGUGAGAGGCAGCCCCUGAAGCCCCGCUUUGCUUUUGCCGGGGCCGUGCCGGCCGAGGGCGAAGACGGCGAGGCCACGGGCUCUGAGGAUAGCAGCCCUGCGAGCUCUGCUUCCCAGGUGUCCUCUCCUUCACCGGCCCCUAAGCCCCGCGAGGUCGCCAGGCCAGAGACCCGAAGCCUGGCUGAUGCAGAGGCAGGGCGUUCAGACGAUAUGGUGCAGCUUGUGGACAACUUCGUGCAACGCUUCCUCCAACCACCCAGUGGGCAAAGCCCCGCUGGCGAGAAAAGCAAGGCUGCUGCUACUCCUGCCAGUGCCAGUCCAGCAGCCUACCAGGUUGGGGCGCACCUGCGUGGCGAGCAGAGUGCGCGCAGUGAGCUGGAGUCCGACCGUCGGCCAAGCACGGCCAAGAGGCCCAGCAUGAUGUGCGCAGACUUUUCUUGGGGCAAUGGUGAGGACUCAGUCCUGGAGGCUUUGGGCCAGGAGAUCGACCGAGAGGACUGCAGCUUGCUGAACGAGGGCCCCAGCUGUGAGGCCUCUGCCUUCCUUCAAACCGGUGCGGCUUUGCACUGGUCGGAGUCCCUGCGGACUGAGCCCUCUGCCUCCGAGAUACGGGAGCCGCCUUCCUUCCUGGAGCUUCAGGAGGAAACGGCAACAGAGGCGGCCGUUGGGGAAGUGCACAGCAGCAGCUCCUCCGAAGAGGUGGGUGAGGUGCAGGCACAGAAGGCACAGAAGGUGGGCGAAGUCCACCUUGAUAGGUCGCAUGAGCUUCUGAGAGAAUGGCAGGAGGAGGGUGUGGACGUGUAUUCUGCCUCGCAGGGAGCACCCUCCGUAAGCACCUUAGCCUCAGAAGCUACAGAGGCCUUGCAGAGCUUUCGCCCACAUCCGAGCAAAGACCUUGCCAGCUUCCCCAUCCUUUGGAUCGCUUUGCUGAUCCUGACGUUUGUAGCCACCGUGGUGGUUCUGCUAUACUUGGGGCUUUGGAAGAUUCCCUUGGAGGAGCAGGUCCCUCAGUGGCUGCCAGAGGCUCUGUCACAGGACCUCGUGUCUAGGGAAGUUGCUCCGAAGCUGGUGGAGGAAGGGCUCCAGGAGCCUGAGCCCAAGGUUGAGCCGAAGCAGCCUCAGAAGCCUCAGAAGCCACAGGAAUCGCAGGUGCAAGAACAGCUAACGGAGCUGGUGCGCCAGGCGGUGGCUUGCACCGAAGCCAACCUGGAGCAGAUCUUACCCUCCGCAGCUGGCUACGACUGUGCCUUGUCCAAGCCGGUGAGCAGCGGCCAGCCUCUGAAGCUGCUUUGCCGAAUCGAAGGCGCAUUACCCGGUGGCCCACCCCCUUUGGGCUUGCUCCGGGCGCCACUCAGCCAGCGCAGCUGUGUCUGCUUCAGGGCUGUGGCAGAGGGCUCUGCACCGAAGAAGGCUGCUGAGGCCGUAGACUUCCAGGUCUCAUUGGUUGGUGCGCCAUGGAUCCGAAUCGAUGUGCAGGGCCACGAAGUGAAGCUCCUCAACGCAGAGGGCGCAUACACACCCUACCAGGUUUUCGGCGACUUGCCCAAGCACUGGAAGAACUUCGUGUCCCCCGAGCGGGACUCCAAAUUUCUCUUCGGCCUCCCUAGCCCCCAACCGCCAGCUCCGGAGGGGCAGUUCCGGUUCCGGGAAGAUGUGCUGCAGGUCGGCUCUGAGGUGGUGCUUUGUGGUGAGCUCAUCCGAGACUCCAGCGGCCGCGUCUUCCUGCAGCCGUGGCAGGCUCAGUCCGAUGGGGCAGACGCUUUCCUGCGCACAUCCUGGGAGUUGGAUGGCUGUCCAGAUUUGGAGAGACCACAUGUCCUGGCCACUACGGACGCAACUCUCAUGGAACCAGCGCAGACACAAGAGACGCUCAGGGCAGAAAGCUGCUUUGACGACUUUUCCAUGAUGGUUCCUUAG